AUGGAGGAAAAGUAUCAACCCAUCCUCAGCACUUCGGCUGAGGAACAAAUUAAGAGGAGAAUUCGAGAGCUUGAUAGCUCACUUACAGAUGAACUGACUGAGUUCCCACAGGUACUUAAAAAUGAAUUUGGAGAAAACUCACUCGAAUCCAUAAAAUAUCCAAACCUUCAUAUUGUGAAUGAGCUUGACUCUAAAGUCAGGAAUGUUUACGAAGAAGCUCAAAAAAGUGCAAGGCAUUGCGAGAAAAUGUGUAAAGCCAUUCAGAAGGAUAUGAAAAAGAAGACUCAGAUUGAGAAAAUGAUCAAACUUGCAGAGUACAUCAAAACGAUCAAAGAAUUAGAAGAAAUCUUUGACCAAGGAGACUUUCUUAAUGACCUUGAUGCUCUUGGAAGAGAUAAUUCGGAUCCCUUAAAUGCUCAGAUCGAAGAAAUGGAUAAAAUUGAUAGCUUUAGGAAGAUUAGAGAGAUUGAAAUAGAGGAAAAAGACCUACUACAAGAGACAAAUCUGUUCAAAAGUUACAACCUUGAGCAAAAAGGAUGCUCAAUUCUGGAGGAUAAAGCAUCUGAACGAUUCAAGUCAAAAUUUGAUUAUUACAGAUCGUCAUAUGGUGUAAAAAGGAUAGCAAUUAAUAGUGCAUGGAUAUCUCUCAUAAAAUUCUACAUGAAUGAGUUUUGAAUUACAGGAACAAAAAUUUCAAAAUGCUUCUCUCUUGAAUCUUGAACUAAGUUUAAAGGCUACCUUCUCAACUCAAUAUCAGAGUACGAAUCAAUAGUCCUCGAGGACUAUAAGCAAGAUAGUAAAAUUCAACAAAUGAUGAUUUACAGUAAUAGUGAAAACAUAGCAGAUGAGAAGCUCAAAUCUCUUGAUCUUCUCUGAGAAGAUAUAUGCUCAAUCAGUCACUACUCUCAAACCUUUAUGUUUGUUCUGCAUUUCUGAGGAACUUUACAUGCCAAUAAUAGGCAAACCAAGGAUGUAAGAGCUCAUGCAGUGGAUACAAUAGAGUAUACAAAGAAGGGAGAAGACAAGCAUAGUCUAAUUAUCCAAGAAAUUAUUGGAUAUUACAUCACUUUCGAAAAGCCUCUUCUCCAAAAUAUGCUACGCAAGGUGCUUGAAGAAGAUGAUAAGACCAUUAUUCAUGACAUCAAGAGUAAGUAUGACAAAGAGAAGAUCAUCCAAAGAGAUCUUCCUGAUGAGGUCUUCUUUGUUUAUCAGAAAUGAGCCAUCCGGGCUAUUUAUACUCUGAAUAUGAGCACUGCUUGAGCUAUUGUAAAUGUAAUUCUUUCUUCUCUCAACGAGGAUGUAUUUGAAUAUCUAAACACUAAGAUCUCCAUGUUCAUUUCAAAAUCCAAAAAGGUCAAUGAAAUACCAAAGUUGUUCUCUCUGGCAUUUAGCAAUAAUGACGAAAGUCAAAGAGCAGGAUUUUCUGCAAAAUAUACUCUAUAUAAUGCCUGAUUGAUAGCCUACCUCAAUACUUAUCAAACUUGUAUCGAGUACAUCGAGAAACUCAAACAGAAGCUGGUCUCAGAACUAGAUACUCUUUUAGAAGAAACUGAAUGCAGUCUUGAAGAGUUCAAGCUAAACUUCAAUAGCAGUCUUGAGGCUGAGGAGUACUUCCAAAAAGAUAUGUUCAAUACCAGUCUUGAUUUCUGUUCUGAAACCAUCAAGCAGUUCAAUUAUGAGAUUGAGGAGAAACUCAGCUUCUUGCACUCUCCUGAUUUCUCAGAAGUUGUCAAUAACUUGCUGAAAGAGUUAGCUAAGCUAGAUCUGAAUCUGGAUGACAAAAAGUAUGAUGAAUACGAUGCAGAUGAUCCCUUCUUCCACAACUUCUGUAACGCCAUUACUAAGAUUAUCUCUCAAUGGAGUAGUCAACUAAUGCAGGAGUUAUUCGAGAAGUUUGUUAAGAACUUCACUGCAUAUGUUGCAAAGAUGUUUCUGAAAACCUCUCUUCUGAGCAGUCCUCAGAAGCUGAGCUUCUACGGAGCUCUCUAUCUUGACAAACUUGUCAGAAGUAUGGUAAACUUCUUCCAAUUUUUAACUAAGAAGCCGAUCAGGAACGAGUUCGAGAAACCUCUAGAAGCAGUUCAGGUAUUAUGCUUCGAGAGCAACGAAGAGCUGGAGAACUACCUUGAUGACCUAGACGAUGGCAACAAGAAGUUGACCAAGGAAGAGGUCAACCUUUUGAUCUUCAGAAGAACUGAUGCUCACAUCUUCAAAUGUCUACAGUAA